AUAAAACGAUCAUUGAAAAGGAACAAAUUGUAAUUUUUGAUGGAUUUUCAGGAGCUUGAUAACUUUCAAAAAAAGUUGACUGAAGUCGAAAAUUGGAUUUAUGAAGAGGGUCAAGAUGAGAAAGAACAAGUAUAUAGUGAUACCCUAACUGCAUUAAAAUUGCAAGCUGAUCCAAUAUCUAGAAGAAAAUAUGAAAAUGAAAUGCGAGCUAUUGUUUUACCAGACUUUCAAAAUAUUGUACAACAAGCACAGCAAAUAAUUAAUGCAUAUUUGUCUAAAGAUGAACAGUAUUCUCACAUCGAGCCAUCUGAGAUGGAGCAGGUAUUACGUCAUUUAUCAUUUCUUAGCUUUGCGUAACCUUCUUUUUAUUUG